GGUCGGUGUGUGCAUAUGCAGUUCUAAUCAAACGUAUGUUUUUACUAUUAACUACAUCUCUGAUCUUCUUCACAUCCUGGUAAGUUUAAAAUUAACAUUUAAUCCCAUAAUGUCUAAGAAGAGAGAAUUUAGAAUAAAGGAAGAAAGGAGGUACAAUAUAAGUCAAGAAAGAAACAGCAAACUGCAGUUGAAGCAGGGAAUGUUCACUAAAGCUACAGCCAAAAACGAACUGGCAGAUGAUACAGCUGACCAGCGUACCUGCCUUAUCUGUGGAGAUCGAGCCACAGGACUGCACUAUGGCAUCAUUUCAUGCGAGGGCUGCAAGGGCUUCUUCAAACGCAGCAUCUGUAACAAACGUGUGUACCGCUGCAGCCGUGACAAAAACUGUGAAAUGUCACGCAAGCAGAGAAACCGCUGCCAGUAUUGCCGCUUGCUCAAGUGUCUGCAAAUGGGGAUGAACCGCAAAGCAAUUAGAGAGGAUGGCAUGCCAGGAGGGAGGAACAAAAGCAUUGGGCCUGUGCAGAUCACAGAAGAGGAGAUUGAACGGAUCAUGUCAGGGCAAGAGUUUAAGGAAGAAGCUCCAGACCACACCUGGGGCAACAACGGAGACAGUGACCACAGCUCCCCUAGCAAUGGAGUCUUAGAGGGCAACCAACCAUCACCUGCUUCCACUCUGUCAUCCAACCGCUCUGUGGAAAUGAAUGGCUACACAGCAGCACUAAGGGACCAGUACAUCAAUACCUCCAUGUCAACACACUACCAGUUGUUACCUCACCUAUUCAGCUAUGCUACCCAGUCUUCCCUACUUGCCCCGCAACCCCGUGGCCUCUAUCCCCAGUCCCACCCUCUGGUGAUGCAACUGGUGGCUGCUGAAGACCUGGCCCCACUGGCUACACCUAUGCUCAUCGAGGACGAUUACAAGGUGACGCAGGUGGAGCUAUUUGCCCUGCUGUGUCGCCUGGCAGAUGAGCUGCUCUUCCGCCAGAUCUCUUGGAUCAAAAAGCUCCCAUUCUUUUGUGAGCUCUCCAUAGAGGACUACACCUGCCUCCUCAGCUCCACCUGGCAAGAGCUCAUUUUACUGUCCUGCCUAACUAUCUACAGUGCCCAGGUCUUUGGCGACCUGGCUGACAUCACUGCCAAGUACACACCAUCUGAUGAUGAGUUGCAUGGUUUCAGUGAGGAUGGGAUGGACGUCAUGGAGAGGUUGAUAUAUUUGUUUCGCAAGUUUCACCAACUGAAGAUCAGUAAUGAAGAAUAUGCCUGUAUGAAAGCCAUCAACUUCCUUAACCAAGAUAUCAGAGGCUCCAACUCCACCCAGCUAGAGCAGCUGAACAAGCGCUACUGGUAUGUGUGUCAGGACUACACUGAGUAUAAGUACCCACACCAGCCCAAACGCUUCCCCGAGAUCAUGAUGUGUUUGCCUGAGAUCCGCUGCAUUGCAGGAAAGCUUGUGAAUAUACCUCUGGAGCAGCUCCCUCUACUGUUUAAAGCAGUCUUGCACUCCUGCAAAUCCAGCCUGACCAGCUACAGGACUGGUCCCCUGCCCUGUGUGGCCGCCUCUACUGGAAACUAGACGACCCAAAUCCCGACUAGAGUUAAGGGUUUGGUCUACCCUCUUGUGAAUGUGAUGAGCAGUUUGUGUUUUUGUAACUUUUUCUUUAUAUAUUUAUUACAUGACAGAGCUGAAUGUAUGCUAAUUUACACUGUGCACAUGCACAUGUACAAAACAAAUGCUCAUAGAUGCAUUGGUCUUUGGAGUUUACAACUGUGUAUCCAAUUUGCUCGAUGUGUAAGUGUUGCCAUUAUUGGAACUAAACCUAAAAAAAGUUUACUUUAUUCAGGUGGGGCAGACAGACCACACGUCUUGUGAGUGUUGUGAGACUACCUCAGGAAAAUGUUAUGAUCCUAUGUAUUUUCAGGUACUUUUUUUAGCUAUAAUGAAGAGUGGCCCAGUCUAAAACCCUAGUUUCUGUGGAUGCCUCAAUCAAAGACUGAAUAAUUCAAGAGCUACUUGAAUUGAUGACUAAAACAGUGUUUGUCCCAUUGAAAUGCAAUGUUAGUUAACAACAAUGAGCUUUCAUCUGCAUAGACUCUGAGUCACUGCGCAAAUGGAAGGUGGUCGUGUCAGUUUAACAUUCCACAGGUUAAGGUGACAGAGGUGGGAUCAGUGGGAUUUAUGUCAUUUUAAAAGGAACAUACGGGUAUUUUUUACAAUCAUAGCCUGGGAAUGUGUUAGGCUUUAUUGCUGUGAAAGGUAAUGGUAGCUAGUGUUGCCGUUGCGUUAAGUGUUUUGUUUUUAAUGUUUUUGUUUUGUUUUUGUUUUAAAAAAAAAGUCUUAUGCAAUGCUUUUUAACGCCCAUUGAUGGGUAGGGAGCUGAUACCUUUUUAUAGAAAUUCUUAUCAAUAAAGGAUCAGGAUAAGAAUUGAAUCUCUGUUGGAGGGAGAACCCUCUGCUAACAGAUAAACGUUUUUGGCGGAUUUCAUUCUAAAUGCUCCUAAACCUGCACAUAUUCUUAUGCACACGUGGUAUAUGCACACAGAACAUUCAUCAUUCCCUUUUUGUUUUUCCUUUUGUCUCUUUUCACAUUGUCACUUGGGCUCUCUUGCAGUUGCUGCAGUUAAGCCCGUGUUAGCACAAUGCUGUUGACUAGUUAAAGUGCUAUUCCGUGUGAAGUGAACCUUUACGAUUGACUCUAUCAAUUUAAAACAAAAAUGUUUAAACUCUCACGUCGUGAUGAGGAAGUGAGACUACAUUCUUUGGGACACAGAUGCUCACCACCUUUUAUACAUGUGUGCAAGGAACAACUGUGGCUGUCCAAUGCAUAUGUAGCUAGAUUGUGGUCAUUUGUCCAGCGUCAAACCAAUUUUGUUGAAGGAAUCACAGGAGGUUACUCAGAUUCAGGACUUGCUAUAGCCAAUCAAACAUUUGCACAGACCCAAGAUCAGUCGUAGUUUAGCAGAAACCUACAGGAUGGCCCCGAGACUGGUUUAGGUUCAGUCCUCGGUAGUAAAGUAUGUGAUUCAAAAUUAAUGAAUAUAUGACACAUCCUUCAAGUCAACCAAAAGUCUUAGCGGAUUAUGAAUUAUAUUAUGAUUAUGAAUAUGAUUAAUCUAUAUUUUAUGCAAUUCAGGUGAAGUUUAGAUAAUAUCCAUGACUACUACUUAGGGCUUUCAUUCCUACUGUGAAAAAUGCACAUUGAAUAGAUUUUUUUUUAACCAUUUAUAGUGUAUCCUUAGUUCUUUGAGGUUUUAGCCAAUAAAAUGCAACAAGUCUCUUUUAGCACACAAUGGUGAGGUACAAUGGCACUGACCUUUGACCUUGCCACUCCCCAUGCAGUGUGUUCCUCUUAUCAGGUCCCUGCUGAUCUGGAACAAAACAUGGUUUUGGGAGUGUUGUGUGUUGCAUUCAGGCACCCCUCGGUGACUAUGCUGAUGUGCGUAGUAUUAGUAGACAUAGACAACAGGACAUUGUAGGUCCCCUUUAGACAGAGUGUUUUUUUUUCUUUGUUAGUCUCCCUGAUGACCCCCAAUCCCUUUAUCUAAUGAUCAUUGAUGUGGUGUUAAGGCAAGACAUGGGAGUGGAGUUUUUAGACCUUGGAUUGAUUAUAGAGGGGAGUAAUUAAGAAAUGGCUUUUUCUUUUUCAAACCACACUGCGUUUUCCAUUAUUGUUACCCACCUGUCUGUGUGCAGCUUAGACUUAGUCAUAUUUCUGUAUACAAAUAGGUACAAUUGGGUGUGUUUGACAUUAAUUAUGUUAUCUGUGCUGUGUGAGAGAACUUCAAUACUUUAUUUCGGGGGAGAGUGUGGGUGUUACACAUUUGUUUUGAUUAAAGGGGGAGGCCUAAAAGGGUGAACAGGUUGGGUGUGGCAGUUGCCCUCACCCACACCUUGGCUGAAGAAAGAUCAUUUGCAUGACAUACAGCCACAAAGAAAGAAUGUAUGACUGAAGCCUUAUUGCUAUAAGUCCAAUGCAGUGUUCCUUGUUUGUUUUUAUUUUGACUAUUUUCAUCUUUUCAUUUGUAUACACAUUUUUGUAAUUUGAUUGUUUUGAAUGUUAUGGGUUUCUGAUUUAAUUUUCAUUUUUAAAUGUUAUUGAUUUCAUUUAGUUGUUGUUAUGGCUUCUAAUUUCUUGUACUCAAGUCCACAAAGGAUAGCAAACCAAAGUAUUACUCAGGACAUUAACAUUUGUAUUUUUUGUUUGAUUUUUGUUUUUUACAAGAUAAUUUCAUAGUGCCUAAUACUGAAAAAUACUAAAUACUGAAAAUAAACAAUUCUUUAUCAAUGUUUAUAACCAUUGUUCUCAGGGCUAAUGUAGAGAAUAUGAUGUUCUGCAUAAAGGUAUUCAAACAUCUGUGAUUGAAAGGCCACAAAAACACCCCCGCCCCCCCCAAGAAUCACUGUAAUAGAAAAUGUAAUUCAUGUAUUACUUCCCAAAGACUAAAAUGACCAAAUCUUUAAAUUAUGUUGUGUUUGUACAGAGGCACAAAUGAGUUAACAUAACAUAUUUUCCUAAUAAUCAGUAAUUUUAUUUAUAGAAUUACCACAUUGGGUGAAUAAUGCAGUAGUAUGUGUCUGCCUAUUUACCAUCUCUGGGUGUACUUUAUACCUUGUACAAAUCAAAUCAAAACAAGAAAAAAAACUAACUUGAAUCUACAUACUCAAGUUUUUGUGAAGCAAAAAUAUGGCAGAAAUGUUACAUCAUGGUACAAAAAUCUUGUUAUGAUGCCCAAAGCUUGUCAUUACACAAUUUUUAUUAGAAAAACCCAGGAUAUGGUGGAAUGUCAGGAGCAUGUGUGCAAAACAACCUUUUUAUUUUACUAAUGUUAACAUUCCUAGACAUUCUGAGAAGUGAUGAAGUGAUGGUCUAAAAUAUGUUCAGCAUAACCAUCAACAAAAUCACUUUACUUCAGAGCAACUCUAGGAAUGUGAUGGACAUCACAGGCUGCUGAGAUCUGACGGUAGAAGAGGAUCUAAAAUGAGAUUUUUUUUCAUUCAAAAUAGCAGCAUGGAAAAAUCAGAUAUCAGCAACCACGCUGUCACUGGUCUUAGAAAAUGUAAUAUUUAAAUACUUUUUAAUUAUUUUUUUAAUUCUGUCUGUUUUUUAUUUCUGAUUUAUUUUAGUUGUUUAGAUUUUUUAUUAGACAAGGGAAGUCAUUUACAAUUUUCAACUGAAACUACCUCUAUAUUUGUCAAGUACUUUUAAAUCAGUUUUUUUCUCUUAUUUAUUGGUUUCAUUGCACCAAUGUUCUGUUAUUUUGUGUUUUUUAUUUGUGCAGUGAUCUGUUUGUUUUCCAAACCAGGUACUGUUUUCUAUUUCUCCCCGAUUGUUCAAUAUAAUAUAAACAGUUUUACUCUCUGACUCACAUUACAUGCUGCCAGCAACAGCUUUGACUUUGUGUAGAAUCUGGCUGACCAAAAACUCUGUUGUAGGGAUUUUCCUUUCGAUUUUCUUUGUUUGAUAAAAAUUUAAACUGCCCUUUAACAUUUUCAAAAUAGUAAAUGUCAUCCUUUAAUCAAGCAUUGCUGACCCCAGAAUUGUAAAAUGGCACUAUCAUUUAAAGUGCCAGCUUCAUGAUUGAGCAUUACUGUGAAACAUUCUUACUUCACGUAUGAAGGGCUUUUAUUUUGACAUACAGACAGUUGAAGUUGUUUUUACAUUUUUGUAUUUUUUUCAUUCUUUGUAACCCCUUGAUUUGCUCCCCAUAAAUGUAAGUGUGAAUUUAGUUGAAGGAUUGUUUUAAUUAUUAUUCUGCUCUGUGAUGGUUGUGCAUCACCAGACUUUCAAGGAAACUCUGAUAGGAAUGAAACCAUCAUAUCUUUUCUCAGACAAUACAGGUUGUAAUUUUUGUUUGCUAAACAGAGAACGUGACGGUGGUCAAACUGAUAUCUCCUGUUUUAGAUCUCCUGGCUAUCUGUGUUUGCACAACUUUAAUGCAGUGGCACGAGACCAGUUGAUUUUUUUUUGUAUUAUUAUUAUCUGCAUCAUUUCUUUUUAAAUUCCUUCAAUUUAGGAUAAAUAACAAAUUACACUGAUUUCAUUCCAGGGGACAUGAAGGAUAGUACAGAUGGGACAAAGUUGGAAAUAAAAUUACAAUCACACUAUUUAUGUCUGCAAACGUCAACAUGCAGUACAGUACACAACAGUUUAAAAGAAACAUAGUAAACAGUCAUUUAUGGUAACAUAUUAACAUUUUUAUCAACAGAAAUAUACCAACUAUAUUAUUUUGAAUGUAUAUUUUAAGUGUUAUAGCCAUUUCAUAAAACAUUUUCUAACUUCAAAUAGUUAACCAUUUAAAUUUGUUGAUUUUGGUUCCUUUAGUAGUGGCCAUUUCGAGCUUCUUGCGUCCAUUCCACAUAAAAUUACACACAAAAAAGGAGGGAGCUCCAGAAAAUCAAUGUUAAACAUAAAUCUGCACCACUGUUAAAAAGGUUUAAUGUUAUAUGAUGAAAUUAAAUAUUGGACAAUGAUCUUAAGAUAUAAUUUGCACUAUCUGCAGAUGUGGUCAGUGAAGUACAACCUCAUAGGAGGAAUUCACUCAAUAUUUCAAUGAAAAUAGGAAUUAAACUAAGUUGCCCUCUACAAUAACCUGUGAUCAGACAAUGCAAAGUUUCUUGCAGUUUUUUUCGCCCAGCAAAUAAGUCCUUUCUCUGCCCUUGUAACAUUUACUACCUGUGAAGAAUUUGAUCCGUUGGUGUUUAAAGGCAUGUUUAGAAUAUUUUAGAACUUGAAACCAAAUAAAUGUGAACAUAUAAAAAGAUCAUCUGGUUGUUUUUGACUCAUACUGAUGUAUUCGAUUAAAAAUGAUAAAAUGCACUGGCUGUUAACAUAGUUCACUCAAUCAUUUGCAGGAAAUAGAAUGUUACUUUUGGUCUGCCUCCUGACUUAACAAGAUCACUCCCUAAAUAUAGUUAAAAUCUUUCUUUCUUUUUCCAGGUUCAUACAAGCGAAUACAUCUUUACCCUUGAACUUUUUUUGUUUAACACAACCAUUUCAUAGGCUAUAAAAGCUUUAUCAAAAUAAAGAUUCUUUCAGUUGAAUGAGUUUUCAAAUCCGUUUUUCUCCCACAUGCACUACUAACAUCUGCUUUAAG